AUGGCAGAUCAACUCACAGAAGAGCAAAUUGCGGAGUUCAAAGAAGCUUUUUCCUUAUUCGAUAAGGAUGGCGAUGGAACCAUCACUACCAAAGAGUUGGGCACCGUCAUGCGAUCCCUCGGUCAAAAUCCUACAGAAGCUGAGUUGCAGGACAUGAUUAACGAAGUCGACGCUGAUGGCAAUGGAACCAUCGACUUUCCCGAGUUCCUUACAAUGAUGGCAAGAAAAAUGAAAGAUACGGACAGUGAGGAAGAAAUUCGAGAGGCUUUCCGCGUGUUCGACAAGGACGGGAACGGAUUUAUUUCAGCGGCCGAGCUCCGGCACGUUAUGACAAACCUAGGGGAAAAGCUGACCGACGAGGAGGUGGAUGAAAUGAUUAGGGAAGCAGACAUCGAUGGCGACGGACAGGUCAACUACGAAGAGUUCGUGAAAAUGAUGACUGCAAAAUGA